UUCUCAGUUCGAAGGCGCUUUGGUCCAAAAACUACGAGUUAGUUCAAAAAUUGACAAAAUUCUCAGCUUCCCACUUUCAGUUCAAAUCACCCCCACAAAAAAAAUUCACUUUUAAUUUCAUCAAUUGUCUGCUAAUUAUUCCACUUUUAGUCUGAUUUGGAGUUGGAUCUUAGCUUUGGGAGUUGCUAUUUCAUUAUUGGUUGAGCUGAAUUCUUGAAUUUUUCCAAGUAAGGGAAAGUUAGGGUUUCUCAAAUUUCGGGUCUUUUCUUGGAAAAACCCUAGCCUAUUAGUUCAAGCUAGUAAUUUGAGUUGUGGGUUUUGGGAGAUUUUACGGAUUAUUGAAGAUUUGAAGCUAAUUGCUGUGUUAUUGAAGUUUUUGCUAUGCUGUUUAUAGUAAAGAUGGGGUUAUAGUUUGAAUUUGGUGAAUUUUAUUGGAAAAGCCCUAGCUUUUUAGUCCAACACAGUAAUUUGAGUUGUGGGUUUGGGAAAUUUUAUGGGUUCUUGUAGAUUGAAGCUAAUUGUUGUGUGUUAUUGAAGUUUUUGUUAUGUUGUUUAUAGUAAAGAUGGGGUUUUCUUUGGUUGUAGGUUUUUCAGGUCCUGAUUGAGAUUUGGGAAAAAAGUUAGGGUUUUUGGAUUUGGAGUUAGGGUUGUAUAAUAGGGUGUUUGUGGAUUCUAUUUGUGUAUGUGUAGAAGAAGAAUUUGAAGUUCUUUUGGAGAAAUGUUUUACUCACAGUUCAUAUUGGCCAAAAAGGGGCCUUUGGGAACCAUAUGGAUUGCAGCACAUCUGGAGAGGAAACUUAGGAAGAAUCAAGUUGCUGAUACUGAUAUUGGCGUUUCCGUAGACUCAAUCCUUUUUCCUGAAGUGCCAAUUGCAUUGCGGUUAUCUAGCCAUCUUCUGCUUGGAGUUGUGAGGAUAUAUUCUCGAAAGGUGGGUUACCUAUUCGACGAUUGCAGUGAGGCUUUGCUAAAAGUCAAGCAAGCUUUUCGCUCCACCGCUGUGGAUUUACCACCUGAAGAAUCUAAGGCUCCUUAUCACUCAAUCACCUUGCCAGAGACUUUUGAACUUGAUGAUUUUGAAUUGCCAGACAAUGACACUUUUCAGGGUAAUUAUGUGGACCAUCAUGUUAGUUCAAGGGAGCAGAUUACACUACAAGAUAACAUGGAGGGCGUGGUUUACUCAACUUCAAAGUUUGGAUUGGAUGAGAGAUUUGGGGAUGGUGACACUUCUGGUUUAGACCUUGAUGAGGAAUUAUUUAUGGACAAGGUUGCUGCUGCUGGAGAUCCUAGUGUGAGUGCUGAUCCUCUAGCAUCCGUUGAACCAAUGACACCACUCAAACAAGAAGAACACCAUGAAGAGAUGGCUGCAAAUUCCGAGAGCAUGGUUGAUGGAGUUGAUGGCGAUGCUGAUUUCAUGGAUCAUGCUCCAUGCACUCCUGGGUUGGCGGAAGAACCGAACUUGUCUAACAUUCAGGAAACAUCAGCAUGCGAGGACCAUCUAGGACUGGAAGAUCGUCAUUUAACGGAAUAUGCUGUAAAAGGAAAUUCAGAGAAUCUCUCUUGUGAAAAUAACGUGAAUAAUGGGAGUGAACUUCUAGAAAAUCAGGCACUAACUGAUGGCUCUAAUGCUGAUAAUGUUCUCUUCAUGGCUCCUGAGGAGAAUGGUUACCAUUUAGGCAACACGUGUGACAAACAACUGGCGCCGGAUGGUCAGAUGCCUCCAAGUGAAGUUGCAAUUGAUCCUGUGACGUCAAGUGACCCCCCUGUAGCAUCUGGACCAUCCUCUGCUGCUGUUCAUCAGGCUAAUUCAAAAUCAUCUGCACGAGAAUGUGCAGAUGAGAUUAUUGCUGCAUCUGAUUGUCAAACAAAUGAGAGGAACACACAGUGCAUGCUUUCUGGCAUGGACAAGGUUGAUGUAUCUACCCCUGGUGGCUUCCACGACGACGCUCCACUUCCAAAUGGAAUUAGUACCACAAAAGUUGGCCAUGAUGUUUCUGCUUUAAGUAGCAUUGGCCAGCCUGUUCCUGAAGAUAUUUCACCUAGUAAUCAGAGAUCACCUGAGGCAGUCUCAAAUAACGUUGCAAUUCCAGGAAAUUUGGAUGCUGGUGAAUCCCAAGAUAUAACUUGCUUAGAGACACCAAAGACUGUUGAUUGUCUGGAACAAAGUGUUUUUGCUGAAGAUGCCAUUGGUGCCCAGGUCCAUGUUCUGAGUCGAUGUAAUGCUGCUCAACUUGAUGCAUCGAUGUCUAGGUCUGAGCAUGUUAUUAAUCAUGAGCCACUAUCUACUUUUUCGGGUUUCCACCCACCAGAAACUUCUAAAGAGGAGGAAUCACAUGUUUCAGGUGAUUUAGAACAAAUUUCAAAAGAGAACCCCGUGCAAGAACCUGUAUCGUGCGAAGACAUUUUAAAAGAAUCUAACAAAUCAACUAAUCAAGCGGAUACUGUCGUUCUAGAAGAUCGCCUCGUGGAAAUUAUGAGCGGUUCAGCUGCUUCUGCCUUGCCACCUCCUGAAAAGAUUCUAUCAAUGCCAGGAGGGCUUGUUGAUUUACCUCGGAGUAUUUUUUCAGAGGCUACACCGGAUUACUUGGCGGGGAUCGAUGAAGCAUAUGCUAGUGGUAAAUUCAUUUCAGGAAGGAAGCGCAGUUACACUGAGAGCACACUAACAGAACAGAGUCUCAACUCAGUUGAAUCUUCAAGGAUGGUCCGUUCCAAAAUGACUGCAGGAUUUAUUCCUGAUGAUGAUGAUUUGCUUUCUUCUAUCCUAGCUGGAAGAAGAUCUUCAGCACUGAAGCUUAAGCCUACUCCUCCACCUUCUGAGAAAACAUCAAGCAAACGUCCUCGAUCUGCUGCCCGAAUGAGUGCCAGUAAAAGGAGGAAUGUUCUUAUGGAUGAUAUCAUGGUCUUGCACGGAGAUAUGAUAAGACAACAGUUGAUACAUGCCGGGGACAUACGCCGCAUAAGGAAGAAAGCUCCUUGCACACAUGCUGAAAUCGCAGCAAUCAAGAAGCAGUUGUUGGAAGAUGAAAUUUUCAAAGAAGCGGUAUUAACUGAUAUGUCAGUGGAAUUGGCUUCUUUACAUAAGCAAAAAUUUGACUUGAGUACAGUUAAGGUCUCUUCUAGUGAUGUUAGCUGUUCUCAUACUGGGAUGGCGGUUGACCCACAGCUAACUGCUGUGUAUGCUGAAAAUUCCAUCUCAAAUUUGAAGGAACAGCAUCAACAGGUAACUGCUGAGUAUGCUGAAAACCCCAUCUCAAAUUUGGAGCAACAACAUCAACAGAUAACUGCUGAGUAUGCUGAAAAUCCCAUCUCGAAUUUGGACGAACAACGUGCCAUGGUGUUCAAUGAACCACAUGUUGAAAGAGAUAGUGGAAUAGAAGGAAGCAAUGAAUGGUAUGUAGCUAGAGAUGAUAGCAUAUUAGGAGCUGUUGAGGCUACUGUUCCAACUGAGAACAAGGAAGUUGAUGAGCAUGGCCGACAUUUAAAUAGUGAUGCCUCUCAACUGCGGCUGGACACCAUCACUGAUGCUGCGGUGCCCAAUGACUUUAAUCUUGAACCUUCAGACAAUGCAGCAGAAGUAGGACCACAGGGAACUUGCCUUUCAGGUUUUCAGGCAGCUGAAGCAACAAAUAUCGCCUCUGCUGCUGAAGAAUUAUUUUCAUGUCAUAAUAAUGGCGGGUUAGGUGGCGAUGGUGAUGUAAUAGCAGGUCUACCUCUGGACGAUUCGUUUAAUGAGUCUGGAAAGGAAGAUGCUUUUAUUUUAGCGGAAGUAUCUUGUGGGCCACCUAAUCAUACACUGGCUGCUCAAGUUGAUAAGGCUCUGGAAAAUUUGAACGAUGAAAACCUAGUGGAUGGUAGUGAGUGGCCAGAAAACAACUGCUUUACUUCUGAAGCUGGAACUGGAACUGAAAAUAUGAUAGGCAAUGCAGUUCUACUGGAUGCUGCCCAAGACAGUGCUACAGCUAAAGAUGCAACUAAUGUAGAAAAUAUUGUAGCAGAGAAUGACAACCAGAGCUUUGCUGAUAAUGUUAUAGGAACUGACCAACCUAACAGGGAUAUUGUAUAUGAAGAAAUGGAUUAUAUGCUGGAUCAUUCCAUAGGAGCUGGACAAUAUCCAUGUAAAGAAGAAGAUUUCUCCUACAAUACGGUGGCUGCAGAUUUCUCUGAUGCCAAUCGGGGGGACCUUAAUGAUCUAGAUUAUUCAGCUGCUGGAGAUGAUACAGGGUUUUUGAACUUCGAUGAUGAUGAUGAAGAAGCCGAGGCAGUUGAUGAUUAUGUACCUGAUGCUGAUGUCACCCGUAUCACCGAGAACAGUGGAUGGUCUUCUCGUACUAGGGCUGUUUCCAAGUACCUCCAAACCUUGUUUAUUAAGGAAUCUGAGCGUGGGAGGAAAUCUCUCUCCAUGGACAGUCUGUUAGUUGGUAAAACGCGAAAGGAGGCGUCGAGGAUGUUUUUUGAAGCUUUGGUUCUUAAAACAAGAGAUUACGUCCAUGUAGAGCAAGUGAUACCCUUUGACGAUGUCACAAUAAAGCCACGAAUGCAGCUUAUGAAAUCGGACUUUUGAAUCUGAUACGUUUGGUAGGGUAUAACAUAAAAAGUUGGUAAACAGAAAUAUGUAUUUGUAGUAGUUAGUCAUUGGGUCUGUUUGUGGUCUACUCUUGCUAUAGUUCAUUCUUUACAGUCAUGUUUUGAUGGUCAAUGUAGUUAGGUUUUUACUUGGCUGGCAGAGUAGAUCAUUUGACAGGGGUGUUUGUUGCACUCUGUACAAUAUAGAUCUUAUUUAUAUGUAAAUAUCCUGUAUAAUAUUUGGCCAUGGUUCUGUUCUAA